AUGGAUGAUACGUUAAAUGUAACAUAUAUAACUCUUAGUGGGCAUGUAGAAGUGCACAAAUACAGAUAUCUUUAUUUUUUGGUUUUGUUCACAGUAUACAUUUUAAUAAUCUGCAGUAAUUCUACAAUUGUGUAUCUUAUCUGUAGCCACAAAAACCUCCAUGAGCCUAUGUACAUUUUCAUUGCAGCUUUGCUACUGAACUCUGUUGUUUUCAGCACUGCUAUUUACCCAAAGCUUCUGAUAGACGUUUUAUCUGAAAAACAGAUCAUAUCAUAUCCAGCCUGUCUCUUUCAAUUUUUCAUGUUUUACUCCAUUGGCAGUUCAGAGUUCUUACUGUUGGCAGCCAUGGCCUAUGACAGGUAUGUGUCUAUAUGUAAACCUCUGCAAUAUCCAACUAUCAUGACAAAAACCACAGUGAGUAUUUUCCUGGCUUUAUCUUGGCUUGUGCCUGCUUGUCAUAUUGCAAUCCCAGCAAUACUGAGUGCUGAAACCAAACUGUGUAACUUUACUUUAAAAGCAAUAUUUUGUAACAAUGCAAUUUACAGACUCCAGUGUGUACAAUCAAAAGUAAUUACUAUACAGGGUGUGGUUGCUUUAUUAGAUCUUACAAUUUUCCCCAUGCUCUUCAUCAUCUUUACAUACACAAGGAUACUUAUGAUAUGCUAUCGAAGUUGUAGAGAAGUCAGGAAAAAAGCAGCAGAGACCUGUUUACCCCAUUUGUUAGUUUUAAUCAGUUUCUCCUGUUUGAGUGCAUAUGAUAUCGCUAUAGCUCGAGUGGAAUCAAAUCUUCCAAAAACGGCACGAUUAAUAAUGAUGUUACAAAUUGUUUUGUAUCAUCCUAACCCACUUAUAUAUGGCCUCAAAAUGAAAGAAAUUUCUAAACACCUCAAAAGGUUGUUCCGUCCAGCCAAAAUCAUUUGA